AUAGACCACCUUAAAGAAAAAGGAUAAGGAAUAAUUCUAAAGGUUUAACAUAACUGGAAAACAUGUAGUAGCAGUUGACUCAAGUGCAAAACCCUUCUUGUCUCGGUCGUUGAAUUACCCUUAAUUUCUUUGUGUUCCUUCCAAUCACAUGGCAUAGAAUUUGAGGUUUUCCACAGAAGAAGAUCUAGCUAGGAAGAAGAGACGAAGCAAAAGACUAGUUAGUGAGUGAAAAUUCAAGUUGGAACCAUCCAAAAGUGAGAUAUGGAAGCAGAGAGAGGUGGUGCACCCAAUUAUGAGCUUCAAGUUUCGUUCACCAACACCCCACAAGCCUUACACGAAAUGGGUUUUGUUCAAUAUGAAGAAAACCAGGUCCUUGGCUUCUUGUCACCCUCUUCACAAUCUCAAUCUUCUCACCUCUCUCAAUCCUUAAAUAGUGAUACUGGCGUUGUUGCUGUCACUGCCACGACCCCCACCGCAACCAUCGGAUUCAUGAGUCAUAGCGGACUUGUCACGAAAACUUGGAAUAACGACCAGGUAGGAACUCUGGAUCCAAAGCCUGUCGAAGAUGAAAAUUGCACUGGAAAUGGUAGUGAUCAAGGCAACAACAACACUUGGUGGAGGAGCGCAGCUACAGAGAAGAACAAGGUGAAAAUAAGGAGGAAGCUUAGAGAACCAAGGUUUUGUUUUCAAACAAGAAGUGAUGUAGAUGUGCUUGAUGAUGGUUACAAAUGGAGGAAAUAUGGCCAGAAAGUUGUCAAGAAUAGCCUUCAUCCAAGAAGUUAUUACCGCUGCACGCACAACAACUGUAGGGUGAAGAAGAGGGUUGAACGACUCUCAGAGGAUUGUCGUAUGGUGAUAACCACCUAUGAAGGUAGACACAAUCACUCCCCUUGCGACGACUCAAAUUCAUCCGAGAAUGAAUGCUUUACCUCUUUCUAGUAAGGUCAAUGUCAUUUGCUUAUAAUGAUGAUCAGCAUGUACUCAAUUAAGGCACUAUGAUAUUAUUGAUAGAUUGCCAUGUACUUUGCCACAGAGUUCAGUGUGCUUCAAAGAUGAACUCAGUCAUGUCAUUAUUCAGAACUCUCAGUAUCGAUAUGCUUGUUAAAACAUUUCCCUAGAUUUCUUUCUCCAUAUUUUUCCUAUUUGGAGGGAACCACAUUACCCCAUAAAAAAAUAUUUUAUCUUGUCCAUAUA